GUGAAAUCUUGCUUCCCCUGUGUGAGCCUGAAACCUUGCUCCUUAUCCCAAAACUGAAGUCUGUAUUGACCUCCCUUUCUUUUUCUUCCUCUUUGCAGCUUUCUACGUGGCCUUGGGUUGACUCGCCAUAGCCAGGAUGUCUGUGAAUCCGAUGUCCUACGAAGCUCAGUUCUUUGGCUUCACCCCUCAGACGUGCAUGCUGCGGCUCUACAUUGCGUUUCAAGAUUACCUCUUCGAAGUGAUGCUGGUGGUUGAAAGCGUCAUUCUGAAGAAGCUCGACAGCGUCCCGAACUCGAAGAUCCACCCGCUUCACAUCCGGAAGAACACAGAAAAAUUUCUUCUCUUCAUGAAGAAGCACUUUGAUCAGCUCUUCAGCAAAAUGGAAGAAGUGCUUUUUCAGCUAGUGUUAAGCAUUCCUAAAAAUGCCUUGCUUCCUGAAGACAAGGUCCAUGAGCAGUACCCGUACAGUAAGGAAGAGUUUCAGCCUCUUCAAGUUGAAAUUGAGGAGCUACAGAAGCAGUACAAGGCUGAAGUGUCUGCAGGGCAGAAACUACUCACAGAACUAGAGGAACAGAAGAUUGUUCAGACAGAACUUGAAAAGAUCCUGCAGUGGUUUGAUGGACUUGAAAACAUAUGUAGAGAACAGGGGACCAGCAACUUCAAGGAAAGCUUUGCCUUCUUGACACAAAGUUCUAAGAAACUUCAGGAUGUCCUGGAAGAGGUUGAAAAGAAAAACAAAAAGUUCCCCAAAAGUUCAUCCAAUUAAUAUAAAGGAAGUAUUGAUAGGACACACAGAAACCAAUAAGACAAUUCACUUUAGACCAGAAAUGUGUUGAUCUUUGCAAAGAUAUUUGCAUAAGGAAAUCUCCCACACCUCCACCCACAUCCGGUUUUGACUGGGAAUCCUUCAACACAAGUAUUCCAGGAAUUCAUAAUUCUCCCUUCCUAAAGUUUUCUAAAUGUGGAUUGACAAAGAUCCACUCCUUUGGUCAGGAGCCUGAAUAGUCUGUUUUCAUUUUGUUCUCUAGCAGGCAUGUGUAAAGUUAGAAUCUAUGUCACUCACAUUGUUUAGCACAGGGACAUUUCCCCUGUAAUAUUUAAAUCCUGCCAGCUCAGUUACCAAGGUAUCCAAAGCAGAUUCAGAUUCAGGCUGAAUCAGAACUGUGGUAACUCUGUUACUUUUAACUGGAACUGUGUUAAUUUUUAUACUAAGAGUUGCUACUUAUUCUUGAGCUGUGCACAAAAUGGGGUGUUCAGCAUAGGUAGCGUGUUGUAUGGCUGCUGUUAAAAAAAGAAAAGCUAAUCAUAAUGAGAGAGGAUUAGAACAGGAGCUGGAAAAAAGAACAAGCCAAUGGAUUCAGGAGGCAUGUGAGCCUUCCUGUCUCCUAUAACUUGAUUUCUGUAGUUGGUGACUAGAGAAAUGUGCCCUAUAAAUGAGAUAUCUAGUGAUGUUUUUCAGCUUUCUUCCCCAAAUUUAUAAAAACUAUAGGUUAUAAUUGAAUGUCAGUCUAUGCUUUUUUAUUAAAAACUACCUGUCACUUCUCAGAACUUGCACUGUCACAAUAUUCUCCUACUGAGAACAUGACUUAAAUGAAAAGUAAAUGUUCCGGUUAAUCAAAAAUACAUUUUUCUAUCGCUGCUGUAAGUAACCUUAGUAAAAGAAAAAAAACCUGUAGUUGCAGUGCACUUUUUGAUAUAAACAAAAUAUUUCUGUAGUAACUGCUUGAAUGCUAUAAUUGUGAAUAUAGACACUAUUUUAUCCUUCACAAGGUUAUUUUUCAUGCUGAAUUGUAUUUAAACAUCUAUAGGAGAACAAACGGAAAUUAACUGGAUAAUUUAACUUAAAGACCAGGUAAUUGUUGGAUGAUGGUAGUAAGAGGCUAAAUGCAGACAAGAAUUAAUUUGGGAAGGCAGGAGGUGAAAAGACAGCAAAUGCAUUUUUCAAGGUGCAGUUCAAAGUGGCUUCUUUUAAGACAUUCACAGCUUUUAUGUGCUUAUAUAGGUCCACAGAACAGGAGCUGGGACCUACUAUUUUGAUUUUUAUAUGGUAAAUCAAAAAAUGGUUUCAAAUGAAAGGUCCAUAAUGCUUUCAGAAUCAGAAGGUUAAAGAUGCUCAAUGAUACUGAUGUUUGGUGUUUAUAAUUGCAAGUGGGUAACACCAUUUUCUAGGGGAAAUAUCUGUCUAAAAUAAGAUUUUUCUUUCAGCUGUGUAACUCAUUUUUUUUCCUUAAUAAAUGAGGAAGAAGGUUGGUGGAGUACAAUAAGUAACUCCAAAGACAGGCACUAUCUUGAAAUAAAAAGGAAUUCCAGAUUGAUCUAAAUGUGUAAUUGUAAGACAUUAAACUCACCAUUCAAAUUCACUAAAUACCCUUUCUCCAGGCUGGAUAAAGAAAGUAAAGUAAUCACUUAUUUUACCUGUAGUUUACUGUGACCUUAAGCUGGCUAACAAACAACAUUUUGACUUCGGGGUAAAAAUAUCAAUUCAGAUCAGUGUAAAUAGGAUUCUUGUGCUUUGAUCCUGCUAUGGGUGGUUAGUUUACUGAGUCUUCCAAAUCCAUAUUAAAAUAAAGUUAACAUCCUUGCAUAGACUUGGAAAAUAUUGUUCCCUUCUUUUUUUUAUAUAUGAAAAAAUAUCAACUUUUCUGCUAAUCCAGAGUUCUUCUAUUUUUUCUUUUAAUAGAAACUGAAUGCUAAGCAGCCAGAAUGUUGUAUGAGAUUCAUAGCUAUGUGCACGCUGUAUGCCUAUAUCUUGUCUCUGCAAUAAAGAUGUAUUUGAAACUUUG